UUAAUUUAGAAAAUCUAUGGACGUCUAACAGCUUGCCUCAAGUUUGUUUCUUUUGUAUUAAAGACUUGUCGUAUUUCCUAUUAAUUGUUUUGAUUCUUUUCCUUAUCACUUCAAUAUCAAAAAUCUCAAAGACCUUUCAAGAUAUUACUUAUAUUAUUCUGGUUUCAGAAUAAUGUCUUCGCCGGUGGAGGAAAGCGUGCGACGCAAUAGUGAGAGCGAAAAUGGUGAGGCAGAGACUACUGAACACGAUCCGCACUUCGAGCCUAUAGUAUCACUGCCUCUGGUCGACGUUCAUACUAACGAAGAAGAUGAGGAAGAGUUGGUUAAAAUCCGCGCACGGCUCUAUCGGUAUGACACUGGAGAUCACGAAUGGAAGGAGCGUGGUACAGGUGAUAUAAAACUACUGCGCCACACCAAAAACAAUACUGUAAGAGUUGUUAUGCGUCGUGACAAGACACUGAAAGUAUGUGCCAAUCACUUCAUAACACCAGACAUUAGGAUGAAUGUACACUGUGGCUCGGACAAGGCAUUCAACUGGUCUGUGUUUGCUGAUUUUGCUGAUGAAACAAUGAAACAGGAAUUGUUGGCCAUUAAGUUUGGCAAUCCACAAAAUGCUGACCUGUGGAAAACCAAAUUUGCCGAGGCCCAAGAGAUUGUAAGGACCAAGUGCAGUAUUUACACCCAAGAGCUGUCAUCUGAUUCUGACGAAGAGAGCAGUAUUACACAAAGUGAGGAGACUGACACUCCAGAGCUAAAGAGCACUGACAAAACUCCUGAUGAAAAAUACUCUAAAACAGAGGUCACCGAUGCAAAAGAGUCAGAUGGUAUAGUUUUACAACUGAAAGAACUCAAAGUGGAAAGUGAAAAAUCUGAGUAAACAAAACAGUUUUACACAUUUUAUUGAAUUAAUGAAUUCCAUUUAUUUUGUAUAAAGAUUUAUAAGGUAAACUUGACAUAAAAUUUAUAGUGUUUAGACUAUGCAAUAAAAUAUCCAUGCAAACAAUUAUCAAAAUACAUAUAUAGUAUAGUAUAUUUAUAAUGUUGGGUUAUUGAUAUAUUUCAAAUGUUUUAACCCUUUUCGUAGGCAACCGUUUUAUGAUUUUCUAUUAGACGACCUUCCCUUGACACUACUAGUAACUAUCUAAACUAUCCUUUAUGAGAGAUGAGCUCCAAAUGUUUCUUCAGAGAGGUUAUACUACUACUUAUGUUGUAUUUUAAUAAUUUCUUGUUGGUAAAUUUUUUGCUAUAUUUUAGAAGAUAGAUUUAAGUUGCUGAAUAAAAGAGUACUAAGAUAGUACAAGGAUGCAUUUCAAACAUGGGAAGUCUGGCAACCAUUCAUUUUUUAAAAGUUCAUAUAUCAUAAUUAUGCCUCUUUUGUAAAUUAAUGUUGUUGUUUUAAAAGUGCAUUAAUUAAGCAGUAAGCAACUCCCGCUACUGACUAACUAGUUCUAGGCCAGGUUCCCACUAUGUUGGACCGGAAGUUUCGCCAGACCAAUUUUGCCAUUCACAUAAAAAAAAGGCAAGCCAAGUUUGCCAAGACUGAAACAAGUCCAAAUUCAAUUAUGGUUCAUAUUUUUAACACACCUUUAUUAGCUUCACUUGUAUCUAACUAUGUAUGUAAGAAAAUCUUGUAAUCUUAAUUUGACCCACUUCUCGGUCUUGAUUAGGAUGAAAUUUUGUACACGCUACACAAGUUCUGAUGACCAUACAUGACUAGUUAAGAAACGUCAUUACAUAUCCAAUAUGGCGGCCUCCCCAAGAUGGCGGUCUGGCUCUUUGGAAUCCACCCCCAUGAUAUGGAUAACAAAAGAAAAAGUUAUCUGUCAGGAAUAUAAUUCUCGCAAAUCUGACGGUGAGGCGUAGUGGGCCUAAGCUGUCAGUAUGCUGUUUGUCAAAGAUAUAAUUAUAUAUUUGAUUAAUGACAAGGUUACUAAGGCAACUUAUUGAUAGCCUGUAGUCUGAAAAUAUCUCUCAAGGUCUAAGUUAUACACCAAGACUAAUAAAUGCGAGCUGCCACAGACAAACCUGUAUGUAUAAUGGUUACAUUACAGGCUAGGCGAAUACUCCCAAAGUUUACUCUACCAUAAUAUGUGGGACUUGUAUAUGCUUUAUUGAUUUUAUGAGAGGUGAGACUAGGCUGUAAGAUUAUUGCCUAGGCCAGGUCAUUUUACAGAAACUCUGUAUACUGACAGAUUACACUGCAUUCUAGACAGUCUUGAAUAGAAGCUACAAGGCUUAUGUUGAAUAUAUAAUUUCGAAUAUUUUAAAUCCUAAUUUGUGUGUCGUAUAAUGUUACUUUUAUUGUGUCUCUUAGUAAAUGUUAAAGUGUAUAUAGUUAAGCAUAAGGCCGAAAACUUUGUCAACAUGCCACGACUUCUUGUAAUACAUUACAUAUCAUUGAUAA